GUUAUCAUCGGUGUCGCGGCCCAUUGGACUCGGUUUAAUCGUCAACGCCAAAACGGGGCGUGGCCAGCGACCGUAUUCUGACGACGGGCGGAGCUUGGUCAGCAUCCCCGAGAAAGAGAUGCAGAGCUCCCUUUUAGAUGCUUCCCCGUGCCGUCGGGAAAGUGCAACGCACACACAGUGUGCCGCCGGCUCUUGUUCAGUUGUUUUUUUGGUGGUUUACUACACAUCUUUUGCAGUUUACACGUUCCGAAUCGAUAGGUUAACAGUGGCCAGAAGUUUGGUGUGUUGCGGUGCGUUGUUUUGGGAUAUUUCUGCGUGGUCGGAUUCGAAGAUUGAUGGAAGUGACUGAACUCAUUUCGCCGCACUCAACGACAUGUUAAAAGAGCGCGAAAGUUUGGAUAGAGGCACGUCCUCGCCAUGUUCGAGCAUCGGGGGCUCCUCGGUGGUCGAGGCUUCCUGUUGCGCCGGUUGCGGGGGCAAGAUUCAAGAUAGGUACUAUUUGCUAGCGGUGGACAGGCAGUGGCACGCAUCUUGCCUGAAGUGUUGUGAGUGCAAACUACCUCUGGACACCGAGCUUACGUGUUUCGCUAGAGAUGGGAAUAUUUACUGCAAGGAAGAUUACUACCGGAUGUUCGCAGUAACCCGCUGUGGACGGUGCCACGCAGGAAUAUCAGCGAACGAACUUGUCAUCAGAGCACGGGACCUGGUUUAUCACUUGCACUGCUUUUCUUGUACGUCUUGCGGAAUCCCAUUGUCGAAGGGAGACCAUUUCGGAAUGCGGGAUGGAUUGAUAUUUUGCAGUUUUUGUUUCAAUAGACCUCAUUACCAAAUGCUAGAGAUGUGCGAUCCCGGCAACGAACCCCUCGAUAUGAUGUUCAGGGGGAGCGAGUCCCCCGGAUAUUUCCCCUCGUCGACCCCGCCCCAGAAUCACAAAGGACGACCGAGGAAAAGGAAACCCCCGAGCGACGACUCCCCCUGCGGGGGGGAGUUGCCGGUUACGAUGAGAAUGGCUGCCGCUACGUUGGAGAUGCUGCAACAAGGUGAACUGUCGUCGUCCAUGGAGUCUUUGUCGUACGAUUCGUCGGUGACGUCGCCGGCUUCCAGCAACGGCCACCAAUCGCAGAGGACCAAGAGGAUGAGGACGUCGUUCAAGCACCAUCAGCUGAGGACGAUGAAAACUUAUUUCGCGAUCAAUCAGAACCCCGACGCCAAGGAUUUGAAGCAGCUCGCUCAGAAAACCGGCCUGUCGAAGCGAGUGUUGCAGGUGUGGUUUCAAAACGCGCGAGCAAAAUGGCGGCGAAACAUCAUGCGACAAGAAGGCACUACCAACAACAACAGCAUUCAACCCCAAGGUGCCAGCGGUUCACCAACGGGGUCAGCUCUCCUGGACACGAACAGUAUGUCCCAUCAAUCCAUCGAAGAUCUCCAUCACCAUCUACAUUCCCAAAACUCGCAGAAUAUUAACUUCAACGACAUCUAUUAAGGUUCGCUUCGUGUUAUGUUGAGCUACCAAAACAUUUAUCCGAAAAUACAUGUUACAAAAGAAUUGGUCAAUCCGUGAGGCAUAUAUACAUUUUUUUUUUGGCUAAGGUAAACAUUUUUUUUUCUAAAAUAAUAGGGUAUUUUAUUUUAAUUGAUUCAAAUUGCAAAAUAUAAAAAUUUGUUUACACAUAUCGUAAAAGAAGCUUAAAAUGUCAUUAACCCGGAAAAAUUAAUUCGAAGUACAUAGACGUUCGUAUUUUGUUUCUUUGAGUUUUUGGUAAAAAUAAAUUGUAAAUUAAUGUGAAUAUCAACAAGACAAAUCCCUAGGAUUGUCCACAUUUUCCUGACCUGUGUCUUACGUAUAAUUGGCCUGUAGAUAAAUUUGAUACCUGUGUAGUGGUAGACUGGUUGCAGUAGAACAACGAUUCUUAAGAUUACCUGUAAAUAUGUCGGUUUAAGUUAUGAUAAAGUUAUACACACAAUGUUCCUUUUUCGUAUAGUCGUAUUUCGUGGUCCUUAGAUAUAUCCAGUCGAUGUACAUUUAAAAAAUGUACAGAAUACAUUUUCUCGGGAUCUAUUUCUGCUUUUACCAUGCAAGAAACCUUCUUAUGGUAAAAACUUAUUCCCGAGCUUUUUGUCGGAACCAAUAUUUAUGUUUGUAACUGUUCGUUCCAAUUUGUAAAGCAUUUUAGUUAUUUUUCUCGCAAAAAAAAUGGCGUUUAAAACGAUACAAUUUAUUCGUGCAAUUCGUAUUCAGUUGUUUUUCUUUUGUUUGUACAUUACGUUCUUAUAGCGCUGAAACGCAAGAUGUAAGAUGUUUUAGUCUAUAUAUAGGGGACAGGUCGGCCAAAUAAAACUUAGGUUUAGGUUGUUGAAAGUUUAACGUAAACACGAUUGUAAAUAGUUAGGUUAAGUUUUAUUUAGCCCUCCGUAAUGCAUCUAUUUAUUGCAAAUUGUUAAAUAUAACAUCUGACU